CAAAUCUGGACUAUUUAAAUGAUCGUGCAUAGAAAAAUAUUGAUUUUUACGCUAAAGAACGGAUUAAAAAGCAGGAAUUUUGAACAUAUUCUGUAAUAUCUCGUGAGUGUGAAAAUGAAAUCUAAAAAGUACUCUGACCUGCCCCGAGAUGUCCAAUUGAAGGAAUACGAAAAUUGAUUUGUUGCUUAGUUUGAUUUAUUUUCAUUUAACUAUGGCCGAGGCCAAAUCUGACCAAUACUUGAACAAUGAGUGUGAAGUCAACAUACGAAGGGGUCUCGACGUGAUCCAGAGCAUGAUAGACAUCUCCGCCGAUCGGCUGGAGGGGUUAAGGACGACAUGCAAUACACAUACUGAACUCACCCAGCAAGAGAUAAGAACCCUCGAGACCAAGCUGGUGAAAAUGUUCUCCGAACUGCUGAUAACAAAAGCCAAGCUACCGGAACGACUGCCCAGCAAAGGACUUCCGGCCACCGGAAACGAGCUCAGACAGUGGCUUCGUGUAGUAGGUGACCAUCAUCAACACAUUCCCGGAACGGUUCACUGGGUCUUCGGGACGAACCAACAGAGAGUUCCGAGGAUAGAAAUAAUCCCUCGCCAACUUCUGCGGUCAAUCGGCUCUCAGUCAGCUUCACCAGUUCCGGAAAGGAAGAUUUCAGGACCUGUAAAUUAAUUCUCAAUAAAGUUGUUCUAAAGAUUCGUCCACUAACUC